AAAGCUUGGAACGGACAGAGUAAAGAAAGACCAUCCCCGACUCUCACAACUGACAUAAACGACCAUGACCAACCACCACCACCACCACCUACAUGCCCCCCUCCGCUCAGCGCCAGCAUCCUCCUCCUCCUCCCCUCAAACCUUCACAUCGAAGCUCCUCCUCCUCCUCACUCUCCUCCCCCUCUCUCUUGCUGCCUUAGCUUUCAUCCUGCAAUGGCGUGGCGGCAUUCCCGACCCCACCACUCGCUGGUCUCCUCCCGGUUCCCACCACCUCUUCCCUGGCAUGGACGCCUCUCCUCUUUCCUCCGCCGUCGUCCACUCCUCGUCCUCCGAUUGCUUCAAUCUCGGCCGUUCAGCUUCGCCUUCGAUUCCCUACUAUCAGAAUUGGAAGUUUGAUUCUGCAUCCAAUUUACGACCAAAGAUAUGUAUUACUACAAGUACGUCAGCUGGUUUAGAACAGAUUUUGCCCUGGAUGUUUUAUCACAAGGUUAUUGGAGUGAUUACCUUUUUCCUAUUUGUGGAAGGAAAGGCUGCAUCUCCUGAAGUAUCAAAAGUUCUGGAGUCUAUUCCUGGAGUAAAGGUGAUAUACAGAACUAAAGAGCUUGAGGAACAACAAGCUAAAAGCCGGAUUUGGAAUGAGACUUGGCUGUCCAGUUUCUUUUACAAACCUUGCAAUUAUGAGCUAUUUGUGAAGCAAUCUCUCAAUAUGGAGAUAGCUAUAGUCUUGGCAAGGGAUGCUGGAAUGGACUGGAUAAUUCAUCUUGACACGGAUGAGUUACUGCACCCGGCUGGGGCCAAGGAGUAUUCUUUGAGGCAGUUGCUGCUUGAUGUGCCUGGGAAUGUGGAUAUGGUUAUUUUCCCGAAUUAUGAGAGCAGUAUUGAACGGGAUGAUAUUAAGGAACCAUUUACUGAGGUUUCCAUGUUCAAGAGGAAUUAUGACCAUGUACCAAAAGACACAUACUUUGGCAUGUAUAAAGAGUCAGUUCAUGGUAACCCAAACUACUUUUUGACUUAUGGAAAUGGGAAAUCAGCUGCUCGAGUCCAAGAUCAUCUUCGUCCUAAUGGUGCACACAGAUGGCACAAUUAUAUGAAAACUCCGAACGAGGUCAAAUUUGAAGAGGCUGCUGUUCUGCACUACACAUAUGCCAGAUUUUCAGACUUAACAUCUAGGCGUGAUCGGUGUCACUGCAAGCCUACAAAGGAAGAUGUCAAAAGAUGCUUUAUGUUGGAUUUUGACAGAGCUGCAUUCAUAAUUGCGUCAACCGCAACUAAGGAGGAAAUGCAGAAAUGGUACCAUGAACACAUUGUAUGGGAUGACAAAGAAGUAAAACUAAAACUUUUGAGAAAAGGCAUUUUGACUCGGAUAUAUGCUCCCAUGGCCAUAAUACAAGGACUAAGGGAGUCGGGAGUCUUCAGCUCAGUUAUUGCGUCUGCCCCAACAACUCUCUCAAAAGAAAAGUUUUUGUUGACAAUUGAUAGUAGUAACUCCUCAAGAGCUGCUACCUCCGAAUCCCUCCCGUCGUCGAGGAAGAUUGGUAGAAGCAGAGAGAGUAAGGCUACCGCCAGGAAGGCAUUGGAUAUCAAAGCUGCUGAAUUUCAAGAAGUGGCUGUUCCACCGUUGUCCCCCCCAGGAAUGGACGAUAAUCAAGCCAGUGUGGAAGUGUAAAGUAAGGUCUCGUUUCCAAGAUUGGCUCAGCUGUUCCUUCUUCUUAGUGUGACCUAGUUUAUAUAUAUUCAUAUACCACGAAGUGUAAUCUAGACAUGAAGUAUUUGGAGCUAACGGAAGACUUGGCGCAAGACCGAGCGCAGUAGCGUGCGAAGAUUCAUACAACCGACUCCACUUAGUGAGAUAAGGAUUUGCUACUGCUGCUGCUGUUGUUUGAGUGUAAUCUAUUUUUUUCAAUUUUGUAUAGUCAAAAGUAACAUUUAAUUGAGAAUUUGAGAUUCACAUGUGAUGUCAUAUGUGUAAGCUGGUAGACAAAACCUUGACCCGCUGUAGCCGCAGGUUUGUCACAACUACAGAUAUUUCAUGUAGACAUUGAAAUUCUCUACGAGGAUUUGGUUCCCGAUUCAUUCCAACUCAUAAUAUUUUUCAGUUUUUUUAUGUAAAUGGGAAAUUGUGGUUAAAUCUUA